UGACGGACUGCGCACGCGCGCGAGUACACCUUGUGUUAAAGGUGGCUUCUCGAUCUGCCGCCGUCGCUGUAGUUAUGGCCUCCGAUUUAUUUUGUUUCCGGGUGGGAGACGGUCUGGACUGACGAAGCGAAGCGCCUGUCUUGACCGAGGGACGUAACGCAAUUACUGCAGGGAGUAUUUGAAGAUGUCCCUGAAAUAUGUGUCCCUGUCCGCCGGCGAUCAAGGGAACAGAGUGGCCUACCGCUCUUUUCACGGCGACCGCAGCCCGUCGGCCGUAGCGUUGGCGAUGGUCUCUGGAGACAGCUCUGUCGUGGCCAGACCUGAGGUGAUUCACCCAGGACCCACUCCUCGGCAGGCGAUGCGACCAAGCGUUCGUACCGAGAGCCGUUGGGUAACUGGUGGCGGCCGGGGUCUUACCCGCCUUAUAAGGGGAAGGGACUCUGAUGGCCGGAGCCGAGGCUACCAAGCCAGAUUCUCACCUUACCCGACGCCUGGGGUUAAACAAGAUCUCUUAAGACGUGUACUGCAACAACGUCUGAUUGCGUUUGGAGGUUUCAUCGCAGCCCGAAUUUCGGCUUAAAAUGAAUAACUUUUCCGCCCUUCAAUUAGCUCGUUAACAAGGUCUCUCCAAAAUGCAAUGUUGGUGCAAGCGCUGUUUUAUUUUUAGAGGGAUGUAUUUUAAGUGUGAUAAACAACGGCGUAGGGGUUCUGUUAAUAUAGCCUAGCACAGAGAAAAAUUGUACUAUUUCUUAAAUUCACAUGGUUUAUGCAGCCAAAAUAAUUAGUUCAGAAAGAGGCAGAAAAGACUUAUUUUCUUAAGUACUUAGAAAGUCAAACGCUGAGCUAAUCAAGCCACCCUUCCCUGAGGCCAGUAAUCCUUUUAUUCACCCUUUGUUCUUUCCAUUCCGACAACCGAUUCAAACUUCCUUGAUUUCCAUAACUGCUGACAACCUCUCCCCCAUCACGACCAGAUUCUCCUACUUUGAGACUUGUAAUUCAAGUUUAGCUGUCUCUACCUCUCUACUUCAGAAUUUCCCCUUUACUUCUGCUUAUCCUACCAUCUAUGGCCCAACUCUUAACCAAUCUUCUGUCUUUUCCCCAACAUCUCUUUGCGUUUUCCAUCUCCUCCUUUACUGUUUCUUCUAAAAACUAAAAAUAAACCUUUCUACUUUUUCUAACUUAAACCAAGUUACUUUCCUUUCUUUGUCAAAGGUCCGAAUGAAUUUUACACUUUUAUUUGUCUUUUUAUUAUUUGUAUUCAAUGCCAGCUUCCCAAUCUGAGUCUGCUGUAGCAAAAUACACUGUGAAACUGUAGUCUUGGGGUCCCCUAUCAGAAAGCUAUUUUUCCCUAUCCACUCUAGCAUCUUCCUUGAACUUUUCCUGUCUUUCUCACUCAGCCAUUCAACAAUAUUUGACUGUCUUCUCUGUGAUAAGCACUGUGAAUGAACUUUAUACAUUCCUGCCAUCAGGAGAUUAAGGAGUAUGCUCUAGAUGGGAGGCCUAUAAAUAAACUUCAUACUGAGCUGUCAGAUUAAGUUUAGUGAUAAGAGUAAGUACUGGCCCCAGUAGCUUUCCAUAAUACUUGCCCUAUUCUGGUUCCUCCUUACCUAACUGAUCACUCCUCAUUUGCUAAUAUAUUUGUUCUCUUAACCACCUAAGUGAAAACAUUCCCCAAGUUUUAAAGGGUGAUAUUGGGGGAUAAAAUUAGUGGGUUUGGUAAGUGGCAACUCAUUAGGUGAGUAAGUAGUCUGCUUGUUUCACAGACUCUUUCUGUUUAGACUUCCUUAAAAUAAUUAUGUUCAGAUAAAGUAAAUCACCACAUACCACACAAUAUUGAAUAUUGAUGUAAUUCACAAGAUUGAAUUUUUAGAACAACAUCUUAUGAAGAAAGUUGAUGAACCAGAGAGUUUUCCAUAAAAGAGUGAUUAAUAUAAUGAGAAAUCUAGCAACCAAAUUAUAGGAAGAAUGAUUGAAAGAACAGCAAUAGCUACCUUUUAUUGGGUGGUAAGUGCUAGGGGCUUUUAUUCAUUGUUUAUUCACAAAUACUUAUGGAGGGCUUAUUCUGUGCCUCCUACUAUGCUGAACACUGAGAGUAAAGUGAAGAUGGAUAGGGCUCUAUUCUUAUGAAACUUUAUAUGUGUCAUUUAAUUCUCGCAGAAGCCCAAAAGAGAAGUAUUAUACUUUGGUUUUAUUGCUUAGAAACGGGCUCAAAGAGAUGAAGUAAAUUUUCCAAAGUCAUACUGCUGGUGAAUGGUAGAGACUUGAAGGCUUUCAAACAAGAUUUCUCAUCUGAACUGGGCAACACAAAAAUGAUUUGAGUGACUAUUUCUCAAUUCUCUCAUCUAUAAUAUAUAAGUAAUACUAUUCUAGGUAUCUAGGAAAGACAUUAAUUCAUAACACAAUGGUUGCCAUAGGCUGGACAUUAAGAAUUGUCCCAGAAAACCGAGGUGGAAAAGACCAUCACACAAGGUAAUGAAUUAACCACCAGAAAGUUCAGAUAGAGGCUGAAUCCACUCAAGGAUUUUGUCAAAUCUUUAUAGUCCAAUACUGGACUAGAUGAUUUCUACAGUUCUUUCCCAUUAAAGUCUAUAUUUAAAAAAAAAAAAAAUGGUUAUAAUUGGAAAUACAGAAUUGAGAGA